AAUGUAGACUCAACGGUUGUAUUAGCUGUUUUGCUACUUGUGGGUGAAACUAUUGUUGUUUUCACCCACUUCAUUCAAUGAAAAGUCAAAAUUUACUUGAAACCCCUCAAUUUACACCAUUAAUAAUUUGUCGUCUUCCGCGCUUUAAUCCGUUCGACGACGUUUUCCCCAGAAAUAUUGAACGAGGACUGUUGGCUAGCAAGUGAGUGUCGUGUCAGCACUACCACAUACCAGGGCGGUUUAAGAUGAAGAAAAGUUGCUAUGGAAAUGCCGCCAUCUUGUGGAUUUAGUAAGGAACGGCUACCUCUAUUGACCCAACAACAUUUGCCCAGAUAAAGUUCGGCUAAAAGUUGUCGUGUGGUCAUUUCUCGCAAGGUGAAGUCACCAUGUGUCUUACUACAUAUACACCCCCCCGCCCCCCAAAAAAUGCAGUUGCUUCCCAACGCUGCUCUUAAUUGUAAAUUGAAGGUGAUGCCUGGAUCAAGUGUGUUGGACUGUUGCUGGGAACGCAGCCCAAUCAAGUCGGUCGUGGAGAUGCAGAGGAGGGGUGGGUGGGUGCUUUUAGACUGUGGAGGGGUUGCGAGAAGCAUGACGUCACCCGCUGCAUCUGCGACCCUCUCUGCCAAAACAAAGGGGAACCAAAACAUACAUUUACAUCGCCACAUAAAAUGUCACUCGACGACCGUCUCGUCUUGCGCAACGAUUAAGUCGAGGUCACACAACCUUUUUUUUUUUGCUUGGCGCGGGUUGGUGAUGGGAAGGGGUCUGUUUCAAUAAACUGGGUCUGUGGAGAGUCACUGAGAGAGAAGGGGCCGGGAGGGGCAUCCUUCCGUCUGUCUGUCCGUGGGUCCGUGUGAAUGGCGGAUGGGGAAGCCGCGGUGUCCGUGGAGAGUGGGGCGGCUGCUGUGAUGGAGCGCUAAGCCCGAAGCAAGAGCUCACACCUCGGCCCGCGUUUUGUGCACGUUGUCACUCCGAUCGGACGUCCUCUUCUUCUUAACAUGGAUCCCCACAAGACGUUGACGUUCUGUCUCGGGCUUAAGGCUGAGGAGAUGACGAUGUCCCUGAGAUACUUGGAUGGGACCACCGAGGCUUCCACGGUGGUGAAUCAACAUGAGGGUUCUGGUAGCCAGCCUGUAGUCAGUCCCAAGUACUGUCCUGGUGUAAACAACAAUCCAGGUUACCUCUGUGAGACAGGACACUGCUGUGGAGAGACGGGCUGCUGUACCUACUAUUACGAACUCUGGUGGUUCUGGCUGCUGUGGACCAUGCUGAUCCUCUUCAGCUGCUUCUGCGCUUACCGCCAUCGCCGAGCCAAGAUGAGGAUCCAGCAGCAACAGAGACAGAGGGAAAUCAAUCUUAUCGCCUAUAAUGGAGCAUGCAACUACCCAUCCUCCAUGCUGGAUCUGAGUUUUCUGGCCGCCUUCAAGUUACCCUCUUACGAUGAGGUGGCAGCUCACCCCGCCACACCCCCUCCACCUUACAGCUCCGUCUUCGCCCUGCAGGGAGGCGCCAUGCUAGAGCCGUGCUCCUCCUACCCCCAUCACCACCUCCACAGUCACCCCUGCCCCCCCUACCUGGGGCCGGGCCCCAGUGGCUUCACCUCAUCCCAGAGCUCCGACAACUACACCAGCUGUUCCUGCGAGUCCUGCUCCCUCACCUCGCCCUGCAGCACUUCCUUCUCCGUCCAGGUGACGGACGAGACAUAUGACAGCAGCCGCAUGUCCACGCCCAGCGAGGCGGGGGGCGACGGAGCCCUUUUGCCCGGGGUGGCAGGCAGCCGCUUAUCGACGCGCUUGUCCUCGCCACCUUUGUCGAAGGUUCCACCGGAUGUUAUACCGGUGCUCGCUCCAGAUGUCGUUCCCAGUCAUUCCUAUCAUGGCAGUGAGGGGGGGAUCUCACGCCCGGUUGCCCCUCUCUCACUUCCCUUGCGCCCCCUCAGUAGCUAUCACCCCUCACCUCACCCUCGCCUCCCUCUUUCACCCCUUAUUCUGCUCCCUUCCCUUUCCUCCGGGCAUGUCCAGCAUCUCGUAUACUCGGACCCCCUCCGUGCCACGCUUAACGAAAAUGCGGUAGACGGCUUACCACGCUCAACGCCGUCCCCUUCUCAACGGGCUGACCUUGACAAAAACAUGUCUGCUGCAAUGCGCCCCGAAGAUGAGGACGAGGACGAGGAGGAUGACGAGGAGGAUCAUUUCCGCCACAGGCGCCUGACGGGCGAUUCUGGCAUUGAGGUGUGUCGCUGCCAGGUCAAGCGCAGAGACCGAGAAGAGGAAGCGGGCCUCAAGGAGAGUGAGCGGCGCGACAACGUGGACUGCUCUCUGCGGGCCAAGCAGGGGGUCCUCUCUCCCCUGGAGGAUGACCAGCAGCACAGCGAUGCUGUUGUCAUCGUGGGGGCCUCUCUAGUCUGACGAGCAAACAUGGAAGGAAAAUGUGAAGCGUUUAUGGUUCCUCGUAGAACAAGACUAGUAGGUGAAAAGUUGCGUCACUGAAGUUAAAGUCUUGGAGGUGGGUGGAUGGACAGGUUGAGCUUUAUCUCCUCUUGUUUUCAUCUCAGAGUGAAAAUGUUACCGAGCCUUGAUGAUUUGUUACCUCCACCAAGUAAAAAAAGCGCAAAGGUGAGAGAUAUCAUUUUAACUGAUCGGUGUAUUGUUUUGAAAGUUAGCAGGAUAACACACACACGCGCACUAUAAUACUGGAGAAGUGUGUGACAUGAAUUCCAGUAUUUUCUCAUUUUGAGUCAUCCCUACUCCAUGGUUAAAGUGGUAAAGUCCUUCCCAAAAAAAUCACUUCUUUAGUCAUUUUAGUCACAGUAAACUUCUGCUAGCACAAGUUUAGCACCAGAACCCCAAAGUCGAGGUCAAGUUUAGGACCAGAACACAGUACAUUUGGCCCAUGUUUUGCUCUUUGAGAAACCUGCUCCUCAGUUGAAGUUGGCGAAGUCCUCUCCACCCUUUAGCUGUGAGCAUGUGAUGUCACAGAAAAAAAUUGUGUGAGGAUCUGAAUGUUUAAAUUAAGUAUUUUUUACAGUUUGAGCCACUAUGGCAACCGUUACUACUAACAAAAAUGAUACCACUUACCCACUAGUAACACAUCACAUCAUCCUCCAGUAGGUAGACUGCUAGCAAGCAAAGAGUUGAAUGAACAACCACAAACAAUGUACUUUAUGGGAGAAGAAAAAAAAAAACCUUUGCCCUUGAUGGCCAUUGAACUUUAUUUGGCAUCUUCCUCCCCAUGGAUGAAAAACAAAAAGAACCCACCAUAUUCACAUACGUCAAUGUGUUCGCAUCGUAUCAUUAAAUGCUAACCUAUGCUACACAAUCAAGUUUGGUGGAGGUCGCAAAUUGACCCUAUGCAUUGUAUAUUGUCCACCACGGUUAAAGUACAAAUAGUGUGAUCAAAUCCCUUGACUCAACCAAUUAUAAAGUGCAUGGCAAAAUAAGCAUAUGAAGCAGGAAGGAAGGUACAACAAAGUGACUAAUGAGAAGUAAGUUCCCUGAGUUAUGAUUUUCGAAGGAACAGCUCCUCUGUACAAGUCACUCAAAUACUAAGGCGUCCUUUCACCAGCUUCUUGUUAUGUCCAUGGUGUGCAAAGCUUUAUAUGGGUAACACUCUUAUAUCGUUCGAAACCAUAACAGUGUUAAACACACUGGCUCUCAAGUGUGUGUUAAGGCUGUUAGUGUUCAAAGACAAUGAGCAUUUCACCUGACUCUCACACACUGAUAAUGAAUGUAAAAAGCACAACAAUGAGCGGGAGUGCUUCUUCAAGAAAUCUGGACAUUUUUAUAGAGCGGGGAAAAAAACGUGCAGGGAAAUGUAUGCAGCAAGGCAAUACAAGCGCUGAUGAGACGUGUUUAGUUUUUCAGUGUUCGCAAAUAUUUGGAGGCAGUUUAAAUGUGAAGUUUAGUCACUGUUGUUUUGUACUUCAAAGUCAUUAGUUGUACAGUACAGUCACCAUGUAGAAUGCCCGCUUCAGUGGGUGGGUGACGAAGGAGCCCUUGACUGAAGUACCCCCGUGGGAUUGAGGGAGGUUACACUGUCCUGGUGGUGUCUCCAUUUUAUGGAAAUAGCACACACACAUAUACACAUACACACACAAAAUCUGUGUUUGAGAUCAAACUAAUGUACAUUCUUGUGCUACUGUACCAUGGAGGACAUGGUUUAUCAACAAGAGACCACUUUUGAUUUUGUAAUGGCUGAUUUGAGACAUGAGAUGCUUUCACCAAUUAGCAUAAGCUACAGGAAGAUAUGAAGAUGAACCUGAAUUAAGAUUGUGAUGGCCUUAUUUUUUUAAAGGCCACUACCAGAACAAAGGUAAAGGGACAGCAACAAACGAACAUGACAGUAGCAAAGAGCACCAAAAAGCAUCAUAACAAACAUGACAGUAGCCAAGAGCAAACAAUGACCCGACAAUGAGUGUUCGGGUUGGCAGUCCUUUUAAAGCACUAAUUACCUAAUGACCAACAGGUGUGCAGCUGCAGGGGGAGCCCUACAGUGCCACCUGUUGGUCCCAAACCGAAUCAUGACAGUAAAUGAAUCCAAAGUAACAAACAAAACCCAUGGCAGAAACUAAAAACUCUCAAUAACAAAAACAUGACCAAAACAUGACUGAACAAACAUGACAGUAGCAAAGAGCAACAAUUACCCGGCACUGAGUGUUUGGGCUGGGAGUGCUUUUAAAGCUAAUUACAUAAACUAAUUACAUAAUGACCAACAGGUGUGCAGCUGCAGGGAGAGCCCGGCAGUGCCACCUGUCGGUCCCAAACCGAAUCAUGACAGAUCUUUUAUGGCAUUUGUCAUUUUGGGAAUCCGCGCCAUUUUAUACGACCUGAUGUGGCAUGCUUUGAUGUUCACGCUGAAAUUUCACCGAAAAUCGUGAACACUUUGGUGCCUUGAAAUACAAAUGUUUGCCGUUCAGGCUUACAUGUUUUUCGAGAUAGCAGCUGUCAUUUGGCCGAUGAUUUAUUUAUUUAUUUUUGCUGCGCACUGUAUGGUGGCAGUAAAAUCAACUCGACAAUAAGCAGCACUAUGUCAGUUACGGAAAAUGUCUUCAAAAAAGAGGCUUCAAACGAUUUAAAAGCAUCAUAACAAGUUGAAAUUUAUUGUAAAAUAAAGAUGAAAUUACAAGUAUAUAAACAACAAAACCUCAUUGCUUUAAGUCGGACCCCCAUUAUCUAGAUGUUAAUAGAAUGGAAAAUGCCAUUGACAUGCUAACGCUUAGCAUUGAAAGUGGUGGUUUUACAACCCUGUCAGCAACGAUUAUUUAAUACAUGUAAUGGAACAAUAUGUAGACAGAUAAUAGGAGAAUAACCGUUUUACCAAAUGCAGAAGUUGGUUGCCUAUAACAUAACCGCCAUUAUCCAACAGCACAUUUGUGACUAGUGAAAAUGCAGAGUGACUCGUAAGCCUGGGAAACCACGAGUGGUUGGCGAGCGAAAAAAUUUAGGUCAAGCCUUGCUCUCAGGCAUAGAUUAUUUCUCUUCUAUGAGAAAUGACUAAUAUUAAGGCAAUUUACUAAGUAGUAGAAGAACGUCUCUUUGUGUCUUUAUGACUGUAUUUCACAGUACUGACGCCCCGUGGACCAGGCGGCCAUAACAGAAUUAGCGGCAAAAAUGAUUGGACAUUAUUUAAUGCUUUACAUUCUGUUUAGUUGUUUGAUUACGUUUUUUAUGUUUGUCAUGAAGUACUAUACAGUAAUAUUAUGUAUUAAAUCCAGAAACACAACAAUUGGAAGUUUUUUUGGGGGGCAGGGAUUUUGGAACGGAUAACAGUGGACGUCCACCAAUGACUUUUUAUAAUGGGCAUCGAGUAUUUGCAGAUUUAUUUAUUUAUUUGUCGCUUGACCUGUUUCCAUGUGGUAUUUCUAUAAAUUUCAUUGAGAAAAGAUGAUUGGCGAGCGUGGUCAUGGAAUCAGUUGUAUCUCAAGGCACCACUGUACUUGGGAGGUACUGUGGUUGACUGGCGACCAGUCCAAAGUCAGCUGGGAUUGACUUUGGCUCACCCGUGAGCCUAAUGAGAACAGACACUACAGAAAAUGUCUGUGUAGGUGUAAAUUUGGCUACAAAUCUCUAUAUUUUCUUUUUUUUUGGGGGGGGGGGGGUAGUGAUGGUCUCCUUCACUUGUAUCACCUUGUCCAAGUACUAUUGAGCCCUGGUAAAUUGAGGUACUCAGCAAAAAGUAGUUGUAAUUCCAAAAUAGUAAAUGUCAAGCCCUUGAAUUGAAGCUGAAAGUUGACACUUCAAAUCCAUUACAGUGGUGUGCAAAGGUAAAGUCGUUCAAACCUUCUCAACCGAACUGCUUCAAAUGUUAUCAUACAUUUCCGCCAUCUUUAAAUAAUGUUGUUGAUUAGCACGAGCUGAUAUGUGAUUUAAAAUAGCCUGUGGUGCCUAGAAACUCUUGAGGCAGAAUAUAUUUCCUUGCUGCUACAUGAGCGUGUGCGUGUGAGCCCGUUUUUAAAAAAAAUUUCGUUGUGUGUCGUACUUGAAAUGGGUUUUAGCUGUGCUUUUAAGCAGUCUCGCACUGAGAAGACUCCGCACACACGAGACUCGCGAAAGUAGUAUUUAGCAAUAGUGUUCACACUGUUUUUCCUGACUGGUAGAGGCUAGUUGAUGGGAAACAAACUGUUGUGAAAAAAAAGACAUUUACCUCUUUCGUACUGAGCCGUGAGCUGUGCUGGGCCGAGGCCCUCGAUUGUACAUACGCAGUAUAUAUAUUGUAAGCAUUUGAAUUGCCUUUGGCUUAAAGGCGUCUCCCAAGUGCAAACAAGAAAGUGGCUUUAUUGAGGCUCAGUUUGUGGCCUUCAUGUGUUACCAAUAUUCAUGUCAAUCGUACUAUGAAAUAUUUUAAAUGAUGAGGUUCCUAAAUUUUCUUCAAAAAGUCCUCUUAGAUUUGUUGUUUGUUUGAAUCUUUGGAAGGAAAGUAUCCGAGUUUGACAACCUUGAAAUUUAAUACUCUGGUCAACAGUAGAAUUUAAACUGAGGGAGUUUAAUGUUUCCACAAAUUUAUUUUUGACACUGAUUUCAAACAUAUGUUUACUUUUUUCUAGCACUUCAGGAUUUUGCGAUAUUUGCUUUUUUUUUUUCUCAACUCACCUGUAUAUAUAGAGCACUUUCAAACAGCCAUCGCUGCAUACAAAGUGCUGUCCAUGGAGCUUUUUUUAAAGUUUGACCUAUAAAAGCCUGCACAAUGCAGAUUUUACCAAGUGUUGUAAUUUAUAGCGAUGAUGUUUUAGAAAAUAAAAUCUUGUUGCUAACCUAACCCUUAAUUUGUAAAUAUUACUAAACAUACGACUAUAUUCAUAUUAUCAUUAAGAUUUUUAUUAUUAAAAUACGGAGUGCUUUAGAAAAAGAGCGAGAGCAGAUUUGGAAUCAGCGCAAAA